AUGGGUAACCCCACAGAGUUCUUGGACAUUAUCAUCAAUGGCAAGCAUGUGGGCUGCAUCUCCUUGGAGCUAUUGGCAAACAAAGUUCCAAAGACAGCAGAAAACUUUGAUUCUCUGAGCACUGGAGAAAAGGAUUUGGUUAUAAAGGUUUCUACUUUUCACAGAAUUAUUCCAAGAUUUAUGUGCCAGAGUGGUGACUUCACAUGCCAUAAUGGCACUGGUGACAAGUCCAUUUAUGGGGAGAAAUUUGAUGAUGAGAACUUCUUCCUGAAAUAUACAGGUCCUGGCAUCUUGUCCAUGGCAAAUGCUGGACUGAACACAAAUAGUUCCCAGCUUUUCAUCUGCACUGCCAGGACUGAGUGGCAGGCAUGUGGUCUUAAGGAAGGUGAAGGGGGCAUGAACAUAGUGAUAGUCACCUUUCCAUUACUGUGA